AGUCAAACAUGUAACAACAACAAUAAAGAUCUCUCCUUAUGCAUAGAUUUUUCUCUUUGUUCCCUCUUUGAACGUUCAAGCAUCCAGGGUAUCUUUUACCAUGGGUUGCGUAAGUUCUAAACAUAGGCUUUUCAGAAGAAAAUCGACACUGAAGGAGUCAUCCGUGAAACGUUCCUCAGCGAUUGAUUCGCCGAGGAUAAAUGAUGGGAUUCAACAGGGAGAUGGGUUUGAUAGAUCGAGUAGCAGGGGAGAAGCCAAAGAUAAGUUGGUUGACUCCGAAACGUUAAGUUCCACUAGGUUUAAUGAUCAUCCUGAGAUAGUUGAUCAUGUGGUUCAAGCUGUUCAUGAUCAGGAGUUGGCAAGGGCCUCGAGUGCUGUUGUAGAACCUGACUUGGAGAUUGGUCCGAAUGUUACAAAACCGAAGCUAGAUCGAUGGAAUAGCAGAGAUUCCAAAGUUCAUAUGGAUCAUGAUCAGGAAUUGACAAGGGGCUUGAGUGAUGUUGUAAAACAUGAUUUGGAGAUUGGUCCGAAUGUUUUAAAACAGAAGCUAGACCAAUGGAAUAGCAACGACUCCAAAGUUCGGUUGGUUGAGUCUCAAAAGUUGAGUUCCAAAAGGUUUUCUGAUCAUCAUCAUGUUGAGAAGGAACCAGAGAAUCUUGGGGCUGAAGCUUCGGUUCAAGCUGUUCCUUGGGAAGUGAAAAAGAACCAGAGUGUUAUUGUUUCAAGAGACAUAGAGUUGAAGCAAGCAUGGCCUACUUGGCUAGUCUCUGUUGCUGGUGAGGCGUUAGUAGACUGGGCUCCACGUCGAGCAAGCACCUUUGAGAAACUUGAGAAAAUUGGUCAAGGAACAUAUAGCAGCGUCUACAGGGCACGUGAUCUUAUCCACAACAAGAUCGUUGCGCUUAAAAAAGUCAGGUUUGAUCUCAAUGACAUAGAAAGUGUCAAGUUCAUGGCGAGAGAGAUCAUAGUAAUGCGACGGCUUGAUCAUCCUAAUGUCCUGAAACUAGAAGCAUUGAUCACUGACCAUGUUUCAUCAUCACUCUACUUAGUAUUCGAGUACAUGGAUCAUGAUCUCUUAGGACUUUCUUCACUACCCGGUGUUAAGUUCUCAGAGCCUCAGGUUAAAUGUUACAUGCAACAACUUCUAAGUGGGCUUGAACAUUGUCACAGCCGUGGUGUUCUUCAUCGAGAUAUAAAAGGCUCAAAUCUUCUGAUCGACCGUAAUGGAGUCUUGAAGAUAGCAGACUUCGGGUUAGCAACUUUCUUCGACCCUGCCAAAACUAUACCAUUGACUAGCCAUGUUGUCACUCUUUGGUACCGACCACCAGAGCUUUUGCUUGGAGCUUCUCAUUACGGUGUUGGAGUUGAUCUUUGGAGCACAGGUUGCAUCUUAGGUGAAUUAUACGCUGGUAAACCGAUCCUACCAGGAAAAACCGAGGUAGAACAGUUGCAUAAAAUCUUUAAGCUAUGUGGUUCACCAACUGAAAGUUACUGGAGAAAACAUAACUUACCGUCUUCAGCUGGAUUCAGAAGUAGGGUUCCUUAUAGGCGGAAACUAUCAGAGAUGUUUAAGGACUUUCCCACGAGUGUUCUUUUGCUUUUAGAGACUUUGCUCUCUAUAGACCCUGAUCACCGGAACUCUGCAGAUAGUGCCCUUGAAAGUGAGUACUUUAAAACCAAGCCAUUUGCUUGUGAUCCAUCUUGUCUACCAAAAUAUCCUCCGAGCAAAGAGAUUGAUGCUAAUGAGCGCGAUGAAGCGAAAACGCAACGACAAAUGGUGGAGAAACAAGAACGGCAAGAGUCUCAGGCGAUAUCACACAAGAGAAAAUAUGUCCCACCUAUCAAAGCUAAUCAUCUAUCAGUGACCAUAGAGAAACAAUACCUAGAUUUGAAGAGGAGAAACGAUAGUUUCAAGUCGUUUAAGGAGGAGAGGACUCCUAAUGGCCAAGUUCCUGGUUAUCAAAAUAUGAAUACUAGAAACAAUCAAACUGGUGAGAGAGGUUCACACUCGGGUCCAUUCAUGAGCAAACGGAAUAUGGCUAAGUCAACAAUCCAUGUGAAAGAGAAUGUACCUGCUCCUAGAUACCCUCCAUCUAGAGUAAACCCUAAGAUAUUAACAAGUUCACUCUCCUCCAAAGCAUUGCUAGAUCAACCAGUUAUGGAUCAAAGAAAAAUAGAUCGACGAGUGUAUAAUAGAGCUGACACUAUGGAUAGUAGACGUAUGACAACACCAGUUGACCUGGCUUGGUAUAAUCCUAGUGACAGCAAUAUUUACAUGUCAAGACCAUUGUUGGCUCAGCCAAGCAGAGUGGAUCAGAUGCUUGAAGAACAUGACAUACAGCUUCAGGAAUGUAAUAGACAAGCAAAGAAGUCACGAGAAGGCAAAACUGAUGUGAGUAAAUCAUAAAACUAAUUAAACUUGAGCAUUGUCUUCUAACUUGGAAACCAGAGUAAAAUAGCAGAGUUGCUCAAACGGAGUUUGGUAAUUCAUAUAUUUGGAUUAUACGCAAUAAUUACGGUCCUUAAGGCUCAAGCCGAGAUCGUUUGGUUAGAUUAUUGUAUAUAUAAGGUGUCAUUAUAGAGUUUGAUCUGCCGUGUACAUAUACAGAUUUGAAUAUUGUUUUUAUAGUGGUUAUGGUGCAAGUCAAACUUUAAUGUUGUGGUAA